CACUCUUAACACUAGUGACCUCGAUGGUACUCCCAGCAGGCACUUCCUGUUUCCUGUGUGAGCAGCUGGUGAGAGCGCGACGGGUCCGGUGGGGAGGAGAAGCCGUUUACAUCGGUCUCCAAACGCUUUACAUCAGCCCAGCCAAUCACAGCCACGGAUGUGCUUAUGUUAAGGUUUCUAAGAACCGAACCAUGGACAAACACAAAGUGAAGAGACAACGUCUGGACCGUAUCUGUGAUGGUAUCCGACCACCAAUCCUUAAUGGUCCUAUGCCAGUCCGUCCUUUGGUGGCUCUUUUGGAUGGAAGAGACUGCACAGUUGAAAUGCCUAUAUUAAAGGAUGUGGCUACAGUGGCAUUCUGUGAUGCUCAAUCUACACAAGAAAUUCAUGAGAAAGUAUUAAGUGAAGCUGUGGGAGCCCUGAUGUAUCACACAAUUACCCUAUCUCGAGAAGACUUGGAGAAAUUCAAGGCCCUGCGUAUCAUCAUAAGGAUUGGCAGUGGAUAUGACAAUAUUGAUAUUAAAUCUGCAGCUGAAUUAGGGAUUGCAGUUUGCAAUGUUCCCUCGUCGUCAGUAGAGGAGACGGCUGAUUCAACCCUCUGCCACAUUCUGAACCUGUAUCGAAGGGUCACAUGGCUGCACCAAGCUAUGAGGGAGGGGAACCGAGCAUCCAGUGUGGAACAAAUAAGAGAGGUGGCUGGCGGGGCUGCCAGAAUCCGCGGGGAGACUUUAGGAAUCAUUGGACUUGGUCGGGUUGGACAAGCUGUUGCUCUGCGAGCAAAAGCCUUUGGAUUUACCGUCAUAUUUUAUGAUCCCUAUCUUUCGGAUGGAGUAGAGCGCUCUCUAGGUCUUCAGAGAAUGGGAACUCUUCAAGAACUGCUAAUGCAUAGUGACUGCAUUACACUUCACUGCAGUCUGAAUGAGCACAACCAUCACCUCAUUAAUGAUUUCACCAUAAAGCAGAUGAGGCAGGGAUGCUUCUUGGUAAACACAGCUCGUGGAGGACUUGUGGAUGAGAAAGCGCUAGCUCAGGCUUUAAAAGAUGGCCGAAUUCGUGGUGCUGCACUGGAUGUCCAUGAGUCUGAACCUUUUAGCUUUUCUCAGGGACCUUUGAAAGAUGCCCCUAAUUUGAUCUGUACCCCACAUACUGCUUGGUACAGUGAGCACGCUUCAAUUGAAGCAAGAGAAGAGGCAGCUAAAGAAGUUCGUAGAGCCAUUGCAGGUCCAAUUCCAGAUUGCUUAAGAAAUUGUGUAAAUAAGGAGUAUUUGAUGGCAGCUGCACAGUGGUCAGGAAUGGAGUCUGUUCAUCCAGAGCUAAAUGGGGCAGCAGCAGCAGGAUAUAGGUUUCCCCCAGGAGUUGUUGGAGUAGCUGCUUCGGGACACCCAGCUGCAGUGGAAGCGCUGGUGGCUGCCUCACACCCAUUAAUCCCCACUGUUUCUCACACUCCAUCACCUGGACAGACCACCAAACCUGACCCAGACAGAGAGAUUCCUACUGACCAGUAGCAAUACUGCGCCUAGUUGGGUCUCCUUUUUGUUUAUUUUGUUAUGCUUUUUGUUUUUCCUUUUUUUUUUUUUAAACUACCACUCCCAUAUUUGUGCUCUGUUUCCCCCUCAGUGUAGUUUGGGGGUCAAGGGCAGGAAUCCAGGUUUUUUCAGCAGCUUUACCCGGUUGAUGGAAUCAGGCUGCAAGCCCUGAGGUGUAUCAUCUCUCCUCACACCGGAAAGGAGAAUGUUCUUACCAAUGUCUGGAAACCUUUAGAUAAUGCCUUUCAACAGAUCUAUUUUUUAACUGAUUUCGUUUUAAGUGAAAUAUGAUACGGGUGGGUUGUGCUUCUGUGUGCUGGGGUAUGCUGAUCUCUUCUGCUUCCUCUAGUACAAGACAUGCCCGGUUGUCUCAGGGAGCUGAGGCAUCACCAAAUUUUUUUAUUAGUAGUAGGUGUCUGCAUGUUAACCCCCUUAGUGCUGGAGGAUCUGUAAUGUGUUCUUUUAUAGUCUGUUGCUCUCCUCUUUACCCAAGGGUUUACUAAGGCAGGGGGGAUGUUUAUAUCAUCUGUUUUAUAAGAGAAUUAAUCUUCAUCAAGGAUUCAUGUGAAAUGAUUUAAAUGAUUUGCAAAGUUUCUACAUUGGGUUCUAAUAGUUCAUCUCUGUGUAGAAGGAAAACAGUAACUGGAUAGCAAUUGGUGUUUUAAUUGCACACCAGCUGAAAGUCUUAUUUUUUAUUUUUUUUAAAUGCUGAGCAUGGGCAUUCAUUCAGUUAUUCUUCACCAUUAAAUCUUUUUGAUGUACUGAGAGUUUAACAGCAUUGUUUCAGGAUUUUUCAUACUCCAUAUAAUAUGUAGAGGUAUAAUUUCACAGCUGCAAAGGCAUUUUAUUAAAGAAAAUCAUCGCUGAA